AUGGCUGUACCCAUGAGCAAGCGCGCGGCCGCGCUCAUGUUUCUUUGCGCCACCGCCCUCCUUGCCCUCCUCGUCCACACCGUUUCCGAAGCGAACAAGCCGUCUGCCAUGAUGCAGAUGAGACUUGCUACCGCUGCCAUCUCUGGCAACGCUCCUACCGUGGUUGAUGUCGAGGAGGCGUCGCCUGAAGCCGAGGGCGAGAGCGAGGAGGCUGCCGCCGCCGCUCCUGCUGCUGAUCCCGAGGAUGCCUACAUCUCCAUGCAUCCUGUUUACGGCAGGUGCAAGUCGGUCGUCAACCUCCCUGCCUUCUCUCAGUACAUCCAGAAGUGGUGCGGAAACAUUCACGAGCUCAACGAUGUUGCCUCCCCUUGCAAGCAGGCGAUGUGGCAGGCCUCUGACUAUUUUGGCUGCUGCUGGGAGACUGUGAUGGACGGUUACCAGUCUCUCUACCCUGAUGCCUACUCUGCAUGGAGGAUGUGGCAGGGCACCCUCAGCGGAAAGGCUGGCAUUGUCUUCGACGAGGACAACUGCGGAGAGUCUGUCGGCGAGAAGGGAUACAAUGACUUGAAGGAGAAGGUCUCUUCCCUCGAGAACACCGUUGCAGAGCAGUCCUACGACAUCCGCUACCUCGAGUCCAUGCUCGGAUGGGGAUAUCAGCCCUACGACUACGACUACUACAAGCAAGGCAAGAAGGGAUCCCAGCUUGUCAACAAGCCCCAGAUGAAGUAUCAGUUGCCUCCCUACCACCCCGCUGCAAGGCGCGCUCGGUAUGGAAUGAUGCAUUGAACUCGGCUUACAGUGCUCAGCUUUCCAGCCACAAGGCAGCGGUUGCUCGCAUGGAGGCUCAGAAGAUGCAGGAUGAAUCGAUGCGAGCGCUCAACUCGGGACUCUGGUCCUUCUCACGUGCCAGGGCCGACCCUGAGCACCCGAGGACGUCGAACUUUCUCUCGUCUGUUGACCCCGAUGACGCCGCUGUCCGCAAGCUGACAUCAUCUGGAGUGAAUGUUUAGCUCGCGUUAGCAUCUCUUGUAUUGAAAGGUUGUGUCGAACUGGUCAGGUUCACAGCCGUAGCGAUGUGCUGCUCUGCCAUCCAUGUUGGGCCAUCCAUGUUGGUGAUC